UCAAAGUUCCCUUGCGUUUUCUCCUUCAAUUUUGUUUUUGUUUUGUAAUUCAUGGCUCUUUGAUCAUUUGGGUGCUGAUAAUAAUCUUUUUCUUUGUUUUGUUUCCGUUGGGUCUUGUGUUUAUGGUUCUUUUUCGGGUUCUGCUACAAUUCAGCGAUGAACAAAGUGCUUUUCUUUCUUGGGAGACUGAUAUUUAUCUGGAAAGCGAAAAACUUUGGUUCCGCAUGCAUGCGAUCACCCUUCUUUGUACACUCUUGAAACUGAUUUUUGUGUUGUUGUUGGUUACUGAUAUAUCUUAGAUUAGUGAAUUAUGCGAUUAUGUUUAGACCCAUUUCUUCAAAGUGGACUUCUUUUCUGGUAGUUUAUGCAAUCCAUCAACAUUAAUAUUAGUAUCUGAACUCAAUGUUGAAUCAAAGUUUGGUUGGUGUUUCCUUAAAAGGUUGGGAGGGUUUUAAUAUUUUCAGAAGAUGAAGAUUAAGAACUGUGAUAUAUUUCGUUGGCUAUGAUGAUCCACCAUGUGGAAAAUAUUUCAGUUUUUCUGUCCCAUAAAAGUUCAAAUUUAUUGAUGCAGGUAUUUGGAAAGUAGUUUUGAUUUGACUGUAGUCAUUACCAGCUUUACUGUAUUUGGCAAAUGGGUUCUGAAGGUCCAACAACACCCAUAACAACAAUUCAUGUGACAGGAUUUAAGAAAUUCCAUGGAGUUGCUGAGAAUCCGACCGAAACAAUUGUCAAUAAUUUGGCAGAGUACAUGAAUAAGAAGGGUUUGCCAAAGGGUUUAGUUAUUGGGAGCUGCAGCAUUCUUGAAACUGCUGGUCAAGGAGCACUUGUUUCACUGUACCAGAGAUUGCAAUCCGCUGUUAUUUCCAAGGAUUCUGAAUCUUCAAAUUCCAAUAGAACUAUUUGGCUGCAUUUUGGGGUUAACAGUGGUGCAACACGGUUUGCUAUAGAGAACCAGGCAGUCAAUGAGGCUAAUUUUCGAUGUCCGGAUGAAAUGGGUUGGAAGCCCCAGAAAGUCCCCAUUGUUCCUUCGGACGGUGGAAUUUCACGAACAAGGGAGACUUCACUCCCUGUAGUGGAGAUCACAAAAGCCUUGGCAGAAAAGGGGUACGAAGUUAUGGUAUCAGAUGAUGCAGGCAGGUUCGUGUGCAAUUACGUUUACUAUCACUCCCUUCGCUUUGCCGAGCAGAAUGGAAUCAAAUCCCUUUUCGUGCACGUGCCACUCUUCCUCAUAAUAAAUGAAGAGACUCAAAUGAAAUUCGUUGCUUCCUUGUUAGAGGUUCUUGCCUCUAAAUCUUAGAAGUAUCAUUUACAUUUGGACCCUCAAAAGUGGGUGUUCCUAUAUUCGUUCUGGUGUGAAAGUGGAUGAAUGUGUAUCUUGAAUGAGAUAUUUAUAAUAAAAAUAUUGUAUUUAAAUGGAACCACAUAUGUUUCUGAAUUAAGGUUCCCCUGUACUUUGUGAAGACAAUUUGAUUGAUACAUCUCCAAUGUUUACCUUGUGAAUAAAAUGUUCAUUUUCUUAC